GACAUUUUGUUUUGUUUUGGUUCGAUUGGUUUGUUUUGGUUCAACCUAUGAAGUCAACCACUCAGCUGUCAAAGCAAAAGCUGUCAGUGAAAACGUGUAAAAUGACUGCUGCCCCUGCCACACCUUGCCGCCCACCCCCUGGCUUCACUGCCCUGGCUGUGGCCACCCCUGCCAUGGUCAUACCCCGAAUGACUCGCAGAAGACCACCAGCCAUUGCUGCCCCAGAGGCUGCUUCUACAGCUGGCCCUGGAAUGGACGACACCUUUGUCAUGAUUCUGUACAACAUGUACCUGAGGAUCUGCGCCCAGGAGAAGGAGAAUGCCGAGCUGAAGAUAAAGUGCUACCAGCUCCACACUGAGGUGCUGAGGGAGGAGAGGGCUGUUCAGAGGGCAGAGGAGUGGGUCCGCGAGAACCAAGACAGCCUGCCCAAGCUGGAGAACAUUCUCCUGGCUAAGGAGGAGAGGCUGAACCAAUGCACUGGCUCACUGACGAAAAUCAUUGAUAAGACAGAGGAGCUGCGGCCCAAGGGGGAUGAGGUGUUUGACCAAGCCCAGAGGCUGCAAGCCACCCUGGAGAGUCUUCGCUGGAAGGUGGAGGAGGAAGAGGCACAGUGGCUUAUCCAGGGAUACCAGGAGCACUAUGCCAGCCUGGAGCAUGAGAAGGUGCAGGUGGUCCUGGAGGAGAAGACCAAGGAGGAGAAGGAGGUGAUCUUGGAGGAGGAGACCAAGGAGGAGAAGGAGGUGAUCUUGGAGGAGGAGACCAAGGAGGAGGUGCAGGUGGUCUUGAAGGGGGACACUAAAAAGGAGAAGGAGGUGGUCUUGGAGGAGGUGACCAAAGAGAAGAAGACCGAGAAGAAAUCCAGCUGCUUCAGGUGAUGUUCUUGCUCAGAAGAUUCAAGAGAAGAGCAGAGACGAGAAUUGACGAUAAGAGAAGUGAAGUGAUGAAAAGAGGAAGUGCCACAUUAUUCCUUUG